UUCCGUCGGUAACCAGCUGUUUUGUACCGUCGUUCCCUUUUUCCUUUGGCUGCCUGACCGGCCACCCGAAAGAUGUUCCGAAUUGGAUUAAAAUUUCCGUGCAACGGUCUAAAUAGGAUCAAAAAGCAUGGAUCUUCCAGACUGUAUUUGACAACUAGGUGUUAUGAGACACGUGCACGAGUUAAAUACGACUCGGAAUGGAGGUUUUUCAAGGAUGUCAAGUUUAUGUCUAAAAUACCUGGUCAUAGAUAUUCAACUAAGUCAUCGAAAAGUGACAGAAGUAGAGGCUCAACAACAACAUUAAUAACUCUGGCUACUGUGGCAAUAGGCGCAUCAGGUGUAUUGUAUUAUGCAAAACAUGAUCCAGAAGUACGUGCUACUCUCGAAGGUUGGAUACCUGGUACGGACAAAGCAAUUCAGAUCAUCUUUCAGGAGAAAUCAACUUAUUUUGAAUUCAUACGUACAUGCUUCGAAACACUGCAACAAACAUUAAUAAGUGCUCUUUUUGGAGAAAAGUCGCAAGAAGAAUCAGCACCAAAGCCAGCUUUUGUACCACUCGUUGAUAAGAAGGAGCCACCUAUUAAUGAUCCUUAUACUGAAAUACGAGUAAGCAAAGAGAAAGGCGAAGAAAUCGAAAUUGUGGCCGAAAAACCUUCACCACCAGCUAAAGAUGUACCUAAGGAAUUAAUGCCAAAAAAUUUGGUCGAACUAGAAACAUCAUGUGGUGAAACUGCGUCCAAAGCUAUCGCAGCUUACCAGAAAGCAGCGUGUGCUAUUCAAGAUUAUAAUCAAGAUGUAAUAAAAGUUGUGGAGAGUGCUAAUGUUACUGUUGGUAGCACAGUCUGGAAUAGAUUAAAAGAUGCAACAGAAAAGAGAAAGGAAGCUAUUAAAGAGGCAGAAGAGCAUGCCAAUGUAGCAUUAAAUUCGCUCAGGAAGAUGUAUGAUUUAAUGGAUGAUCCUAAAUUUGAGGCGCCGUCGCAUAUGAAAACAGCUGCUCGAAGAAACAUUAAAAAAAUUUUAGACGAUGUGGAUGUAGCAAAGAAAAAAUACGAAUUGGAAGUAGAAAGUGGAAAUAUGGCUGAGCGUUACUGGAAACAGGUUAAAGAGGCUCGGGAAAAUUUCAACGAAGAACUUCAGAUAUUAUUCCCAGAUAUCAAUAUUCAAAAAAAGAAAUUGGCCAUUGACGAAAAUGCCUUUGACUUGUUUGUCUUACACAUGUACAAUAAAGUAAACAGAUUGCAGAAAGAAUUGGAGAAAUUGAAAACAAUUAACGGGAGCAAACUGAAAGCAGCAUUAAAAUCAUCGGGGGAUGUAGCGACUGAGGAACAAUUGAACACCUUGGUGUGUAUGGAGUUGGAUUCGGAGAAGCUGAUUCUUGAGGAUCAAUUUAACAAAAAGAACUCAGAAUUCAGGAUUCAAGGCUCAGAAUUUAAAACUGAAGACUCAGAACUCAGAAUUCAGAACCCAGAAUUCAGGACUCAAGGCUUAGAAUUGAGGACUCAAGGUUUAGAAUUCAGGACUCAAGACUCAGAAUUCAGGAUUCAAGGCUCAGAAUUUAGGACUGAAGACUCAGAACUCAGAAUUCAGAACCCAGAAUUGAGGACUCAAGGUUUAGAAUUCAGAAUUCAAGGCUCAGAAUUUAGGACUGAAGACUCAGAACUCAGAAUUCAGAACUUAGAAUUCAGGACUCAGUACUGA